AUGCAGCUGAAUGAGACUGGAGUUCAAACACUGGCUCCGGAGCCAUGUGAGCAGCAGAUACUUCAGGAGGACAACUCCGCAAACUGCAGCGGCGGCUCCACCGGCAACCUGUCGCUGCACUGCUGGCUGCAGCUCCUCACCAGGGAAUCCAUCAUGGAAUUUCAAGGAGACGGCUCCAGUCUGGUGGUGCGCGUGAUGAUCGCUUGUGUCUACUCCAUAGUCUGUGCACUCGGGCUGGUGGGCAACUCGCUGGCUCUGUAUCUGCUGCACUCGCGCUACAGGCAGAAGCAAUCCUCCAUCAACUGCUUUGUGAUGGGGCUGGCCGUCACAGACCUCCAGUUUGUUCUGACUCUACCUUUCUGGGCGGUGGACACGGCCCUGGACUUCCGCUGGCCAUUUGGAGCCGUGAUGUGCAAAAUCAUCAGCUCCGUCACCACCAUGAACAUGUACGCCAGCGUGUACUUCCUCACAGCCAUGAGCGUGGCACGUUAUUACUCCAUCUCCUCCGCGCUGAAGAUGCACAGCCGGCGGGCGGCGGCCACUAGAGCAAAGUGGACGAGCCUUGGCAUCUGGGCCGUCUCUCUGCUGGCCACUCUGCCUCAUGCCAUCUACUCCACCAGCUUCCAGGUGUCGGAUGAGGAGCUCUGCCUGGUUCGCUUCCCGGAAACAGGCAGCUGGGAUCCACAGCUUCUUUUGGGUCUCUACCAGCUGCAAAAAGUCCUGCUGGGCUUCCUCAUCCCUUUGAUCAUAAUCACUGUCUGCUACCUGCUGCUGGUGCGCUUCAUCCUCAGCCGACGCAUCGCAGGUGCUGGGGGCCCGGAGGUGGAGCAGGGCCGGCAACAGCGUCGCUCCAAAGUAACCAAAUCCAUCGUCAUUGUGGUUCUGUCCUUCUUUCUGUGCUGGCUUCCCAAUCAGGCGCUGACGAUGUGGGGAGUGCUCAUAAAGUUUGACCUUGUGCCCUUCAGCAAGGCCUUCUACAACGUGCAGGCCUACGCCUUCCCGCUGACGGUGUGCUUGGCACACACCAACAGCUGCCUCAACCCCGUGCUCUACUGCUUGAUUCGCAAAGAGUUCCGGGCAGGGCUCAAGGAGCUUCUCCUCCGCGCCACGCCAUCCUUCAGGAGCCUGACUCAUCUGCUGCAUCGCAAGGCCAAAGUGGCCGAGGCGCCGCCGGUUCUCGUGCUGGUCCAAAUGGAUGUCUAA